AUGAUUGUUGGUGAUAAGAGUGAUACAUCAACACCGACCAACACAAGUAAUAAUAACAAUAAUAAUAAUAGUAGUAGUAGUAAUAAUAAUAAUAAUAAUAAUAGUAGUAGUAGUAAUAAUAAUAAUAAUGAAACAACUAAAGUGGCAACUACCACAGCAACUCAUGGAGGUAAUGCAUCAGAUAGUCAAUUAUUAGAGUUAAAACAAGCAUUAAUGCAAAGAACAAGAACUUCAAUUGAAUUAACACAAAUAAAAUUAUCAAGAUCACCAAUAUCACGUAUUUGUAAAGAUUUAUAUGAAUAUUGUUAUAGUGUAGAUGAACCAUUUGGAUCAGAACAAACUAAUCCAUGGAAGAAAUCAGCACCAACUAGUUUAUUACAACAAAGUACACAAAGAACCAAUAAUAGUAAAACAUAUAGUGAAUAUAAGACGGAGCUUAGUAGUGUUAUAGCAUUUGGAUUACCAGGAUCGAAAUGUGACGAACUAUUAAAGAAUUUGAAACAGAGUGAAAAGAUUACAGAUGUUGAGAGAGUAUACUACCAAAACUAUUUCAUAGAUUUAGCAAUAUCAACAUUAAGAAUCAUCAUAAAAUAUAAUAUUAUCAAUGCUAUACCAUUUCAAAAUAAAUCCAAUUCUAUUGAAAAUGCACAUAGAAUUCUAAAGGUAAAAGAUGACACAUUCAAUAAACGUCCUUUAGCUGCUGCAGCAUUCAAUGAGUUGAAAUCAUUUUGGAAUGAUCCUUCAAUCGUUUCAACCUAUUGUCAUCAUCGUGAACAAUUAUUACCACUCUAUUUAAUUCAAUCAAUUAAUCAAUUCAAUGUUUGUAAUCGUGUUUUUGGUGAACGUCCAAAACGUUUAGAUGAAAAUGAAAUUUUACAAUUAAUUCAUCAACCUUUAGAAAAUUCUUUACCAGAAUAUGCAUUAUCAGAUUUAAGAAUUUUAAAUAUAUCACCAUUAAAAGUUGAAAAUAUUGAAAAUUGGAUUCAUGAUUUUACAGAUACAAAAUCAUUUGUAUGGGUUUGUUCAUUAGCAUCAUUUGAUUCAAUUGAAGAGAUUAUAAAGAAACAAACACAUAAUAUUAAAUCAACACGUAUUUUACCAAGAACUAAAUCAUUAUCCACCAUAAAGAGUAAAGGUGGUAGUAAUGUAAAUUUAACAAGUAGUAAUAGUAAUGGAUCAAUUUCAUCCCCUGGUUUAAAUGGGAAUGGAAGUAGUAAUAAUUUAAAUAGUAAUAAUAGUAAUAGUAAUAAUUUUAACAACAACAACAACAACAAUGUAUCAUUAGGUGGAAGUGGAGGUGGUGGUUUUUUAAAUAAUAGUAAUCAAUUAAUUAAUAGUAAUAGUAAUACAUCAUUAUCAUCAUACAAUGAUGAUUCAAAUGUUUCUGUAGAUGUUUUCACAGAAACCUUAUCAAAUAAUAAUUUAGUUAGAUCAGUAGAAUUGUUUAGAUAUUUUACUCGUUUUAUAAAGAGACCUGCUAUUCUUUUCUUUACAGAUAGAGAUUUAUUCGUUGAAAAGAUUAAAAAAGGUGCAGAUUUCAAACAAUACUUUCCAGAAUACAAAGGUGGUCAAAGAGAUGUCAUUGCAAUCUUUGAAUACAUUAAACAAUUAUUUGUACCAUUAAAUGGUAUCAAUACUCAUACAACUGUUCAUACUAGUACUUUGAAUGCUGUUGAAGAUCUUAAAGUUAUCUCUGCUACUAUUUUCGCUAUUGUUGCUCAAGAAUCAAUUGAUAUUUUAAUUUAA